UCCCGCCGCGCUGCCCUCACAGGAAGGCUGUUCUCGGCGCAGCAGAGGCGGCGUUCCGAACUGCACACACCGGAUACUCAUCACGUUCAAGAGAGCCUCAUUCGGCUGAAGGCGGCGACGCGAGAAGGACACCUUCCUGGGCCGUGUUUCCCCUCCUCGUCCCACCUUUCUGACUCGGUCCGUCUUCGUUUUCUCCGGUUUUACUUUUUUUGUUUUUAUUUUCGACAUUCUCCCCACCAGUGACAGUCACUUCGCGGCGUUCUUCUCGGGUUUCGUGUCGUGUGACAUGGUAGAUUAUCACGCUGCCAAUAACCAACCGUCAGGCGGGCCACAGACCUACAUGGAGCAAGAGAAUGACUGGGACCGGGACCUGCUUCUGGACCCGGCCUGGGAGAAGCAGCAGAGAAAGACCUUCACUGCCUGGUGCAACUCCCACCUGCGGAAGGCCGGAACGCAGAUCGAGAACAUCGAGGAGGACUUCAGAGACGGCCUCAAACUCAUGCUGCUGCUAGAAGUCAUCUCAGGCGAGCGGUUACCCAAACCCGAGCGAGGCAAGAUGAGGGUCCACAAGAUCAACAACGUCAACAAAGCCCUGGACUUCAUCGCCAGCAAGGGAGUCAAACUGGUGUCGAUCGGAGCAGAAGAAAUCGUCGAUGGAAACAUCAAGAUGACUCUGGGCAUGAUCUGGACCAUCAUCCUCCGUUUCGCCAUCCAGGACAUCUCAGUGGAAGAGACUUCUGCCAAGGAGGGUCUUCUUCUGUGGUGCCAGAGGAAGACCGCCCCCUACAAGAAUGUCAACGUGCAGAAUUUCCACAUAAGCUGGAAAGACGGUCUCGCCUUCAACGCUCUGAUCCACAGACACAGACCCGAUCUCAUCGACUACGAGAGCCUCAGGAAGGACGACCCGGUGACUAACCUGAACAACGCCUUCGAGGUGGCAGAGAAGCACCUGGACAUCCCCAAGAUGUUGGAUGCUGAAGACAUCGUGGGCACUCUGAGGCCGGAUGAGAAGGCCAUAAUGACCUAUGUGUCCUGCUUCUAUCAUGCCUUCUCUGGUGCACAGAAGGCCGAAACCGCCGCAAACCGCAUCUGCAAAGUUCUGGCCGUCAACCAAGAGAACGAACAAAUGAUGGAGGACUACGAGAAACUGGCGAGCAAUCUGCUGGAGUGGAUCCGCAGGACGAUUCCCUGGCUGGAAGACCGAACCCAACAGAAGACUGUGAACGACAUGCAGGCUAAGCAGGAGGACUUCAGAGACUACCGCACAGUGCACAAACCCCCCAAGGUCCAGGAGAAGUGCCAGCUGGAGAUCAGCUUCAACACUCUGCAGACCAAACUGAGGCUCAGCAACCGACCCGCUUUCAUGCCGUCAGAGGGACGCAUGGUGUCCGACAUCAACUCUGCCUGGCACACUCUGGAGGGGGCAGAAAAGGGCUACGAGGAGUGGAUCCUGAGUGAGAUCAGGCGCCUGGAGAGACUGGAGCAUCUGGCCGAGAAGUUCCACCAGAAGGCUGCGAUCCACGAGUCCUGGACCAACGGUAAAGAGGCCAUGCUGACCCAGAAAGACUACGAGACCUCCACUCUGUCAGAGGUGAAGGCGUUGCUACGGAAACACGAGGCCUUCGAGAGCGACCUGGCAGCUCACCAGGACAGGGUGGAGCAGAUCGCGGCCAUCGCCCAGGAGCUGAACGAACUGGACUACUACGACUCUGCCAGCGUCAACAACCGCUGCCAGAAGAUCUGCGAUCAGUGGGACACGCUCGGAACGCUCACCCACAGCCGCAAAGACUCCCUGGAGAGGACUGAGAAGCAGCUGGAGUCGAUAGAUGAGCUGUACCUGGAGUACGCCAAGAGGGCGGCGCCGUUCAACAACUGGAUGGAGGGGGCCAUGGAGGACCUGCAGGACAUGUUCAUUGUUCACAAUAUCGAGGAGAUCCAGGGUCUGAUCGCAGCUCACGAGCAGUUCAAGUCCACGCUGCCCGAAGCCAACAAGGAGCGCGAGGCCAUCCAGGCCAUCCAAGCCGAGGUGCAGAAGAUCGCCCAGAGCAACGGCAUCAAGCUGAGCGGAGCCAACCCCUACACCACCAUCACACCCAGGAGCAUCGACGACAAAUGGGAGCAGGCGAUGGCCAUGGUGCCGCAGCGAGACAAAGCCCUGCAGGGGGAGCUCAACAAGCAGAACUCCAACGACACCCUGAGAGCCACGUUCGCCAAGCAGGCCAACGUCGUGGGCGGCUACAUUCAGGCCAAGAUGGAGGAAAUUGGCAGGAUAUCCAUCGAGAUGAACGGGACCCUGGAGGACCAGCUAACCCACCUGAGGGAGUACCAGCAGACCAUCCUGUUCUUCAUGCCUGAAAUCAACACGCUGGAGGGAUACCAUCAGCACAUCCAGGAGGCCCUGAUCUUUGACAACCAGUACACUUCCUACACCAUGGAGCACCUCCGGGUGGGCUGGGAGCAGCUGCUGACCACCAUCGCCAGAACCAUCAACGAGGUGGAGAACCAGAUUCUGACGCGCGACGCCAAGGGCAUCAGCCAGGAGCAGCUGUACGAGUACCGCGCCUCCUUCAACCACUUCGACAAGAGCACCAGCGGGGCUGAGAAAGGAGGCAGAUGUGACCACACCGGGUCCCUGAUAGCCGAGGAGUUCAAGGCCUGCUUGAUAAGUCUGGGCUACGAUGUGGAGAACGAGAAGCAGGGCGACGCAGAGUUUACUCGCAUCAUGAGCAUCGUGGAUCCCAACAACAGCGGCGCUGUCACCUUCCAGGCCUUCAUCGACUUCAUGUCCUCAGAAACGACCGACAAGGACUCGGCGGACCAGGUCAUCGCCUCCUUCAAGAUCCUGGCUGGUGAUAAGAACUACAUCAUGGCGGACGAGCUGAGGAGGGAGCUGCCCCCCGACCAGGCGGAGUACUGCAUCGCCCGCAUGGCGCCCUACACGGGUCCCGACGGCGUCCCCGGAGCCCUCGACUACAUGUCCUUCUCCACCGCCCUGUAUGGCGAGAGCGACCUGUAGAGGAGCCGCUGAGCGACAGGGGGGGGGGACAAAAGGGGGAGGGGGGUGUUGGUGAGGCGUCCCUGCGUGUGCCGGUUCAUACAUGUCAGGACCGCCACGGUCUGCGUGAACGGGCACAUCCAGGGGCGCAGCAGUGCGGGUCCUUAGCUUCACCCUCUCUGCCUUUUUGGGGGUAAAACUGGGGAGGGGGGGGGGGGGGGGUUAUGAUACUUUUGCUCAUUUUUGUUUAUUAUAAGUUCCUUUCUUUUUGCCAGGUUUGGAGGGGGUCAGAGCGUGGGGUGGGGUGGGGGCUCCUGGUCAGGAAUGUUAGAUCCUAGAGGUUUAUGCGUUGGGAGGGGGGGCAACAAAGAUGACAUAUUUACCCAUAAUAGCCUCGUUGCUGGAGAAGAUGACCUGUCUAACCUUAGCUCUUUCCCUCUUAUCUUUGUUUUUGUUUUUUACACAGUGGGGGGGGGCUCAGCGCUGUACAUACUUAUUUUUUCAGUGCGAGGAACGACACAGUCCCAGAGAAACCGACGGCGAGCUUUAGAUGCAGAGUGGCGUUUAUUAAAAGGGAGAGUCGGCGGCAGUUUCCAGGCGUUCCGUUUCUUUCGGGAGGAGCUCUGGGGGGAGGAGUUAGGGGCGUGGCCUCCUGUACUCUGAUUACUCGGCUUUGCUUCGGCGACGCUUCUUUCCGAAAAUGUUUGGUCCGCUUCCAACCGAAGGGUCCCGGUGGCGUGGAAGCGUCUGAAUGGGCGAACGAGGAUGAAGGCGUUAAAAAACGGCCUGCUCCUCCCUCCUCGCCUACACCCCCCCCCCCUUCCAUCCCCUCGCUGCUCCUGAAGGAAAUCCAACCCCACCAGCAGGAAGGGGGCGGGGUUUGAGCGGAGGUCGUCCUCAUGUAAACAUUCCGGUCAAUAAAAGUGAAAUGUAUUAAAUUAAAAACAAGCUAUGCAAUCACAGUGUGGCCAGCCUGAUUUCUGGGAAGCGCUUUGGGAAUCGGUCCGUUUUUCUGAGACGAUUCCCGCCCAAAUUCCGCCCCCCCCCCCCUCCCCCCCAUUCUGUUCAGCACACUGGGGGGUGGGGGGGCAGGCAGACCGGAGAACCAACUUGGACCAAAAGCUUCUUUGAUUAUUUUUACUGCGAGGUUUGAGAGAGAUGAACUCUGGAUCUGUAAUUUUUUUUUGUACUCUUUAAUAUCAAACCUUAUCAGCUGUACUGGAAACUGCAACGCCUUCUGUCUUUAAUGAUAUCUGAGUUUCACAAAGCACACAUAAAGUUUCCUUACAAAACA